AUGGUUAUUACAUCCUCCUCAUCUGAUGCUAUUGAUAUUUUUCUGAACAACCUUGGUCAAGCCUUUCUUGUUAAAGACUUGGGUCGUCUCUCCUGCUUUCUUGGUCUUGAGCUCGAUUACCAUCCUAGUGGUCUGUUACUUUCACAAAGAAAAUACAUCUCUAAUAUCCUUAGGAAAGCUAAUAUGCUGGAAGCCAACCCCAUAUCUUCUCCCAUGUCUGCCUCUAUUAAACUCUCCAAAUUUGAUUCACCAUCUUUUGAUAAUCCUACACUGUUUCGAAAUGUUGUUGGGAGUCUGCAGUACAUGUCCUUAACCAAACCCGAUAUUUCAUUCUCUGUGAACAAGGUUUGCCAGUUUAUGCAUGACCCUAAAGUAACUCAUUGGUCUACUGUCAAAAGAAUUUUGUGGUAUUUAAAAUUUUCAAUCAAUCAUGGUUUGUUCUUUGCCAAGCAAUAUGGUGCUGUUCUUCAUGCCUAUUCCGACGCCGAUUGGGCUGACUAUCCCGACAACAGACGAUCUACAGGAGGUUUUUGCAUUUAUUUGGGUAAUCAUCUUAUCUCUUGGAGCUCUCGGAAACAACAUACAGUGGCCAGAUCCAGCAUUGAGACUGAAUAUAAAUCCUUAGCCAACACUACUGCAGAACUUAUUUGGCUUCAAACUUUAAUCAAAGAGCUCGGCUUCACUCUUUUUAAGCCACCAGUUUUAUGGUGUGAUAAUAUGGGCACCACAUAUCUCACCUCCAAUCAUGUUCACCACUCUCAUACUAAACACAUGGGCAUCAACUUUCACUUCAUUCGUGACAGAGUUGCUGCCAAGACUUUACAAGUUUCUUUCUGCAGUAGCAAAGAUCAACUAGCUGAUGUUUUCACCAAAUCAUUGGUUGCUGAUAGAUUUUCUUUCUUGAGGUCGAGCCUCAAUGAGGGUUGA